AUGAGAAAGGGAUAAGGUAAAAAAAACAUUCAAGUGGAGGAGAACGGAAUCCGCUCGAUUGUGAAUUCUAAUAGAUAACACAUCUAAGAUGAAAUAUACUAGAAGUUGACUUUAUGCAUCAACCAAGGCUAAGAUAUUAGUCCAAAUCAAUUUGCAAGAAAAUGGUUAAAUCAUAAUUCAACAACUCGUACAAAUAAUAUUUUGGCUGGACUCACUGAUUUCGAUUAGAAUCAUGGAGUGGAUAUGUCAAAAUCAAAUCCCAACUAUCAUAUAGCCAAUGCUAAAUUAUUUACUUAGAAUAAAUGGAAUUAUAAGAUCAUGACCAAAUUCUCAGCAAACGCCUUGUCGAAGGAUGGAGAUACAAUCCAUUUGUUGGCUUAUAUGUUGACAAUAUUGCAGGGUUAUUUCUCUUAAGCAGAUUCAAGCAUGAUUACAAAAGUCAUACAUUUAGAACAUCUUGGACCUCUUUAAGCAUUUUUCUAUACAAAAACUGAUAGAAACAUAACAUUGUUCUGGGAAGUCGGAAUCGAUAAAAUUCCAAAGAUAAGUCGUUUUUCUAAGAGUGUUUAAUCGGAAUUGUAAGGUUAUGAUUACAUACAUACCAUCACAUUCAUCGAUUGUAGAUACGAUGUCAAUAUAGAUAAUAAUGCAGGAAAAAUAAUAACUCCUUAUUAUUAGGAUUAAUAGCACGCCAUCCAUAGAUAAGAUUACUAAUCUGUAAUCACAUCUACUAACCAUUAUCAAUUAAAGAAAGGCCAGCAUUCAGAUCUUUUAUUCGUAAUUGAAGCAAAUGACUUAGGAAGUAUGCAUGGGGAAUUGUAAUAUAGAAACAGAUAAAGUGAAAUUGUUAAAUGGUUACCUCAUACAUUUCCUACAGUCUAUUUAACUAAAUAAGAAUAAAAGUCCUUUGUUUAUGAUGAUUCGCUUUAAAGAUGGGUUAGCAAGGAUUACGAAGCAAUUCAAUAGGCUAGGCAAAUGAGAGAAUAUUAAGCUAAGAUUAAUAAAGAUUUGUUGAGAAGAUAUGCUGACUUUUCAUCAGCUGCAAGGCUUGUUGAUUUGUUGUAAAGAGUCCCGAAUUUUAAAAUAAAGUUAACAGAGGAGGAAUAAAAGGUGGUGGGAUCUGAUGGAAAUGUAAUGGUUAUUGGUAGAAGCGGUACAGGAAAGACAACAUGUUCAAUUUUGAGAUUAUUUGCAAUGGAGACCUUAUUUAAAUUAAGAUUAGAAUUAUAUAAAUAGAAGCAUGAGAAUGUUCUUUAGAAUUAUAAAUACGAUGACUAGGAAGUCAACAAUAAUGUAGGAUUGCAUUGUGUAUUUGCAACUGCUAGUCCUGUUUUGACAACAGAAGUGAAGAGAUAUUAUGGGAAAUUGACAGCUUAGAUCAAGGCUGAAUUAGAAAAGAAGAAAUAGAAGGACAGAUUAAAACGCUAACAAGAAGAAUAAGAGGCUUAGAAGCAAUAAAUUGACAAUUAAUUCAAUUAAAGUACUGUUUAAUUUGUGGAUGCUAAAUAAGUUGAAGAAAAUUAUUUUGAAUAACAAAUUGGAGGGAUCCAAUUAUAAAAAGAGUAGGGAGCAUUUUAGGAAGACUUAAAUGAAGAGGAUUGGGAUUAGGAAGAGGAGAAAUUAAAAUAAGAAUUAAAUGCGUUUCAUUCAUUUGCUGAUAUGAAAGAUUCUGAUUUUCCAGCUUUCUUAACAAUCAAAAAGUUAGUCUUAUUAAUUGAUGGGUCAAUAGCUAAACCCUUCUUCUCUCGUACCUAAGAUAAUAAAGUUGUUAGUUCUGACACUCAUGCUUAAUGGAGCACUGAAAAAACAGGAGUCAUAUUUAUAAACACUUACAAAUAAGAUUAGGAUUAGGAAGUUGAAUAUGAUGAGGAAGAUUAUGAGGCUUUAUUUGAAGAUGAUGAACUCAAUGUUGAUAAUAUGGAUGAACAAUAACUUGAAGAAGAAUAUUAGAGACAACUCUAUUUGAUGAACAAACCUUAAUUGUAAGCGAAUGUCGAAAGCAGUAAGUCCAAACUCUCUUAAGAAGUGGAUUUCGACUUCUUCAUUGAUAAAUUCUGGUAUAGCAAAUACAACAAAUACUAAAACGGUAAUUUAAACCCAUCGUUUGUCUGGACUCAAAUUUACUCUCAUAUCAAAGGGGCUGCUGCUUGUCAUACCUAUCCUGGACAUUAUAUGCCCAAGAGAGUAUAUUUGAGAUUAAAUAAAAACGAUGAACUUUUCGAAGACAUCUUUGAAUGUUACAUUCUUUAUGAGAGAUGGAAGAUUCAACAAGGCUAUUAUGAUUUUAUGGAUGUUGUUAAUCAUAUUCUUGUUUAAUUGGUCUACGGAAGGUGUAAUCUUAUACCCAUUCAUUAUCUGAUGAUUGAUGAAUGCUAAGAUCUACCCCAUGCAGUCUUGCUCUUGUUGUGUAAAAUAACUGAAUAAGGUUUGUUCUUUAGUGGAGAUACAGCUUAAAACAUUGCAAAGGGAGUUGGAUUCAGAUUCUAAGAUCUCAAAUCCCUUUUUAAAAAACCUGAAAUCUCAUACAAUGCUAAAUAAAAUGAUUUGACAAUUCAUUAACUCACCAUCAAUUUUAGAUCCCACAACAAUAUCCUAUAAUUAGCCAACUGUCUAGUUUCCUUAUUGGAGAUCUUCUUCCCAAAUACAAUUGAUAAAUUGAAGAAGGAGAGAUCAAACAUAUCAGGGCCAAAGCCAAUCAUAGUUAAUGGAGACAAAGAGGAAUUGUUCUACUUACUAUCAGGAGAAACUGCAGAUCAAAAGCAACAAGUGGGAGAGAGAUUGCCUAUUGAAUUCGGUUGCAAUUAGGUGGUUUUAGUAAAGGAUCAAGAAUCAAAGAAGAAUAUCCCAACCAUCUUGUAGCACGCCUUGGUACUCACCAUUUACGAGGCGAAAGGUUUAGAAUUCGAUGACGUCAUCCUAUAUAAUUUCUUCUAAGAUCAUUUCAUUGGAGAUUCUCAAUGGAAAUUACUAUAGACUUGCGAGAUUAUCGAUGAGGAAAUGUCUAAAGAGAAAUUCAAGGAUGGUUGCACCUAACAUAAGACUUUGGAUGAUGAAGCUACCAUUUUCACAGGAUUCGAGUAAAAGAAUGGAAAUGUCGUAGUGAAAAGAAUCGUAACUUAACAAAAAUUUUAUGAUGAAUUAACUUACAAUUACAGUGCUUUGUGUAAUGAGAUUAAAUAGUUAUAUGUCGCUGUCACAAGGCCUAGACAAAGAUUAAUCAUCUAUGAUGAAAAUUAAUAGGCUAGAUAACAGAUCUAAAACAUAUGGUAGAAACUCAAUUUGGUUGAUCACUUUGUUGGAACAAAUUUGGAGGAUAGAAAUGUUGAAAGAUUUGCAAAAUAAACCUCAAAGGAGGAAUGGAAAAAGUAAGGUUUGAAGAUGUUUAGGAAUAAGUAUUAUGAAUAGGCUGAAAAAUGUUUUGAAUAAUCGUAGGACGAAUAAUUGCAAACCAAAGCCAGAGCAUUCAAAAUUGCAACUGAGGGUAAUGCACUUACAUAAAAAUAUUCCCAAUAUUCAUCAAGCACAAUGAAGAAGAAAGAUAGAAAAUAAAUCUUGUCAUAAAUAAAAAUAGAAUAGAAAGAAAAGUUUACUGAGUCAGCUCAAUUAUUCUUAAAGCUACAGAAUUAUAAGCAAGCUGCUUAAUGCUACUAUUCAGGUGAAAUGUAUGAGGAAGCUUUGGCCAUCUAUGUUGAAUAGUCAAUGUUUAAUGAGGCUGGAGAAGCUGCUUAUAAAUGCGAAAAGUAUGCUGAAUCAGCUGAGUAUUUCUUGAAAUCCUUAGAUUUUAUUAGAGCAGUAGAUGCUUUCGAAAAAGCUGAAUCAUAUGAUGACAUAUUUAGAGUACUUCAUUAAUUGAGAGAUCAUAUCCCAGUUGAAACUAGGUCAGCCUUCCUUAAGAAAUAUCUUCCUAUUGUUUUAAACAAGAUGACAAGUUAGAUUGGGUAACUUGAAUAAGUCUAGGAAGCAAAGACUAAAGAAAAAAAACCACUCGUUAUAGAGGAAAGUUCCGAUGAGGAGGAGGAUGAUGAAGAAGAGGAAGUAGUCAAACCUAAAUAAGAAUAGAUUUAGAAUGAAGUAGGAAAAGAAUAAAAGUAGGAAGAUGAGUAGGUAUAAACACUUGAAGAACAAUCAUAAAUACUUUAAUAGAGUGAAGAAUAAUAAUAAGAGAAAAUUAUUGAGUUAAGUAGUUAAUUGAUUAAAUCACUUCCAGAUCAAUCAUAACCAUCAAUUUUAGUCAAGUAGGAAAGUAUGAAUAAUAAUUCUGAAGACUCUUAGUCAUUUUCAGUAUAGAAUACAGAAAGCUUUUAAGUUGAAUAAAGUAGAGCUUAGGAUAGUAAAAUAAUAAGUGUUGCAGGAUCAGAAUCAUUUUAAGUCGAAAAUACAGUUAAUGAGGAAGAGGAACAAAAUUUUGAACAUUUAUCACACUUUGAUCCAGAAGAUCAAUGGUUGAAAAAUGACAACAAAUCUAUUAUUGAAUCUAUUGCAUCCAAGAAAAGUGAACAAUCAGAUUUCUCUGCUUUUUCUUAUGCUUAAAUUUAUAGUAAUCCUAACGUUUAAUUCGUAAAAACCAAAACUGAUAUCUUUAUCCAGGAUAAAAUAAUGUAGCAAAUUAUUAAGUACAUCUCCAUGUUUUCAGAUGAAUUCAAAUAUCAAUUAUAUAAUUAAAGAAGCAAGUCUGCUUAACUAAGUAAUAAAUAGAUAGAUUAACAUGAAUUUGAUUACAUGGUUGAUUUCAUCUUGGAUUUAGAUUUGGUUGACAUCUCAUUCAUAUAUUUGGUUUUAGAUAUUUUAGAACAAUUCUAAAAUUACAAAUUAUGCAUUUUUGUAUGCAAUAGAUACAAAUUAGCUGAUCAAUUGGGAAGAUAUUUAGUUUCAAUUGCAGCUACUUACUCUCCUAUUGCAUCUCAUUCAGCUAGUUUGAAUGUUUAAUACUUAAUUAAUGGAAAGUAGAGGUAAGCCCAAAUUGAUAAGGGGUUAGUGGCAGCUUUUGCAGUUCACAAUGUAUUUGAAAACAUCAAUCCUGAAUUUAUUACUUUGAAAUUCGGUGAUACAAAGUUGACAUCUUAAAAUUCAUUGGGUUUAGAGUGCUAUUCUUAAAUGCUUUUAUUAGGAUUUUGGAAGAAAACAGCUUACUAAAUGGAUGUCUCAAAUUCCUUAUUGGUUUGUAAAUUGUUUAUGGAUUUCAAAAAUUGGAGAUUUAUCUACUAUAGCAACUUAUGUCAUUAGGUCACUAAUAAGUAUAUAGAAAACGAACAAAAGGAUAGAGAUCUAGCAUAAGUAUAACAAACAACACUUUUGUUGAUAUAAAAGAAACUUGAUAUUUGUUUCUCAACUAUGGUUAGAGGAGUUGAUAUGUUAAUAUUUUCUUAUCCAAGAGACUAGUAAGAGAUGGAGUUUGCCAUUAUUACAUUGGAGUAAUAUUAUAGUGAAAUAAUUACACAACUUGUUCUAAAUAAAAAAGCUCCAUUAACUUUAUUCUAUAGAGCCAAUACUUUAGACACUCAAAAAACAAUUAAGGUUGAAUUGAAUCCAAAGUAAAAUCUACCCAAAUUGUAUUCAUUGAGUGAAGAAGUGCUCAAUUGUUUUAUAACUAAAACAGAAGUACCUGAAGAUGUUUUGAAUAAAUUGUGUGAUGUUGUACUUGAUUACAAGAAUCCCCAUGAUGAUUUGGAGAUUUAUCAAUCAGUUUUUCUACUAAUAUUUUAUAUCUAAUAUGUUGUACAUAAUUCAGGAUUAGUUAAGACUCAAUCUUGGAUAACAUUAUUGGAUGUGAAGACAUAUGCUAAACUAGUAAGAUGUGUUAGAUUUAUCAAUAAAGUGUUGAAUACCAAUGAGGACUGCCUAUAAAAGUUAUAAAAGAUUGUUAGUAGAAGUGUAUUAUUUUACUUCAAAAUCAGAUAACCAGACAACGUUGCUUUACUUAAACCAUACCUUAAUUCAUUAAUAAUUCAUAGAUCAUCUGUAAUCAUAUAGAGUUUAAUUGAAAAUAGACAUAAUUUGCAAUUGAGGGGAAAUAAGAUUGUGUUAGACGAUUACUACUUUGUAGAUAUUGAUUUUGAAUUCAUUAGUGCUCCAAGAGCCUCUAUAAUGUUUUUGAUUACUAAAAAAUUAAGCAAUGAAUUGAAUUCAGUAGGUAAUUUAAGGAGAGCUACAUUUGAUGAAUAUCAUUUUGAUCAAUUGUAUCCACACGAAUAUGAAGAUCAUUUUGAAAACUUGAGUGUCUACCUUUAUAGCAAAUAAAAGCAUACUUAUUAACUCACUCAAAACUAAUAAGUAAGGGAGACCACUAAUUUAUCAACUGUGGAUGAUUGGAUUAAGAAGGAAUAACACGAAGUUCAUUAAAAAAUCUCAGAAAACUUUAAAAUGAAACAUGGAUUCAAAGUUGAAUAAAUGGAUGAUCAAGUUGAUGUUAAGUUCUUGUUUGAAAACAACAAAGGUGCAUUAACUCAACAAAUUUACUUUUUGAAGAAUCCUUAUCUGAAGUGUUUAUCAUUCGAAUCAAGGCAAUAUAUCACUAGAUGUGCUUUGAAAAAGAUUAAUAAAUAAACCACAGAUUCAUAGAAAUUCCAUUGUUAAAUGGUUAAAUUCAUUCAUUUGAUGAAUUAUGCUGACAAUAAUCACAUCACCUAUCAAUACAUCAACAAUAAAAUUGAAUAAGGAUAAUGCAACAAAUAUGAGCCUUAUCUACAAUAUUUAGAAUGCUUAAUAUGUAAAAAGUUUAAUGUGAUAUCCGAUGCCACAGAUAUUUACUUUUCUUAUCAAGAAACAAGAUAGGAUUUAAUUACUCCAGACGAAUAAUAUUGCCAAUUAACUUAUUUAUUACUAAACAAUAUGGUUGGGUAUUUACUAAGUCUCAAGAAGGACUGUUAAAUUAAGAUUCCAAAUAGAUACUUUAUUUACUUCGACAAGAUUACUUAACCUAAUGAAUAAUAAUACUUAUAUGAAACAAACUUCCACCCUGUAUCAAAUUAGGAUGCCAUUGCUCGAAUAAUUGAAUAAUUGGCAGAAUUAUAAAAAAAUAUACCUUAAAUAUACUCUUUCAAGGUAAUGUUACUAAUCUACACAUUAGUACUUAACUUGAAUGAUGUGAAGAUAGCUGUAUUGAAUUAGAUCAAUUACAUCAUCAAUGAUCUUGCUGCUUAAGAUGAAGUGGAUUAAUACACCUAAAUUAUGAAAGUAGUCAAUCUACCUCAAAAAUAAAGAUUUGAUGCUCUCACCAAUAGUUCUAAUGCUAUCAAAUUAUUCUUUGCAUAAGAUGUUAGAUUGUACUCCUUAAAUGUUGUCAAUAAAUUAACAGAUUAAACUAUUGAAGCAGCAUAUUAAGGAUGUUUAGAUGAAUGGACUAAUUUACAAUAGAGAAGUGAGAAAUUAGAGAAGAAUACAAGGAGAAUCAUUGCUGCAUUCAAGCAACAGAGAAAAGGAGAAAGAUUCUUUAAGCCUUAUCAAUUUGGAUUUGGUGAAUAUCAAUUGCCAAGGAAACUUAAGACAUCCAAAUAUGUUGAUAUCAUUAACGAAUUUGUUAGGGUCAGGAAGAUCUUAUUGUCUACAUUCUACUCUAUGUUGUUGACUAAUUCAAUUGAUUUCCACUUUAUUUCUUAAAAACUGAAACAUCUUGAGUAAAAGGAGGAUUAAUUCAAUUGCUUGUGGACCAAAUACCAUAAAAAAUAGAUGAUUAAGUCAGAUUUCAUUAAAAAUUAUGAUGAAUAGUAUCACAAUGUUACAGUUAUUAUUGACACCUUGUUGGAAUGGCAGAGAAGUAAUGUGACAUUUGAACAAAAUGCAAAUAAAUUGCUUGAAAGAAAUAGAAAAUUGCUAGCCUUGAAAUGGAUGAAUAAUAAAGCAGGUUUAACACUUCAAAAGAUUCAAAAGAGGAAGAAGGGUUUGAAGAGAUAGAAAUUAUAAGAAUAGAAGAAAUUAUUAAUGAAAUUAUUCUGA